AUGUCUGAAAGGAAGAAGACCCGCAAGCGGUCCAAGAUUAAGCGUUGGCUGAGAAGUUGGGUUUUCACGCCUCUGGGUAACGUGAGGAUCAAGUUGAUCAACAAGGUCGAGCGAAAGCGUCGAAGUAUUUCAGACUGUGAGCUUAAUCGGAUCGUUUCUGGUGCCCUCACUGAUCGAUAUCCGUCUCGCUUUUUCCGAGACCGCAAUGAUCACACAUCUAUCCCAGUGAGGAGGUCCCUGCUCGAGAAUGAGUUUGACAUAUCGCUGGUAGAUCUGGUUGAACCCAUACCCGAUCAGUCGGGGAAUCCGCAACAACGGUCUUCUAGGCUUGAUUUGGGCGUGGGCAACGACCCUCUGGUUGACGGAGGAGAACUUGCUGUGCCUACAGCCCAGCCUAAGUCUCAUGAUACCCGUGGAAGCUGGCGAGGGGAUGAACGUUCUGUGUUGAGAAUCAUGAAUCCGGACGUAUCUGAAUUGAGUAGUGAGGAUGAGAAGGCUGAGGAGUCAGGCGCUAUUUCUGUAAUAGAGGUUAAUAGGAAUGUGUACGAACUCUCCGCACUUGGGGAAAUGAGCCCAGACUUACCUACUGAGUUGAGUGGUGAAGAAAAGCAAUCUAGGCAGUCAUGUCCCAUUUUGGUUGAGUCUGAUUUUCACAUGGCCAACCCUCUGGUGAUUGCAGAGCUGGCUCCUCAACUCCCCGAUUUGUAUUUCAUCCAUCAACCCGAUCCACCAUUAUGCUGUCUCAUCAUCUCAACCCUUCAGGACUCCAGCUCACCAGUUCUUUUCGAGGGCGGGGUCUGUUCGGGAGAACACUCUUCACACGGCCCUAAACCAGUGAUUCAACGUCCCUUGUCAGAUAUGUCCAUCAAGAGAGCCAACCCCCAGAUGAACACCAUGGAAUUCCUCAUCCGCCAAACACAGAGAAAGCGUAAUGCUAUUGUGAAGAAUAGAUACAUCUCCCCGUUUGUUCCAUUGCAACCACGACCACUAAGAGUUCGAAAAAGUUGCGAUAUCACCCCUACCAAUACGCAGAAUGAUGUCCUAUCCCCCAUUCCUGCAGAGACAUCCCGUGAUGUGACAGCACCACAGGACGGCACCGUUCUCUCCACAGCCAUCCAUAUCAUCACCACGGUAGCAACAGCCCACAAUUUGGAAUCCCUCCGCUGCCAUACCCACUUAGCCCCCGAGAACCAACCCACCUCCCACCUCGCAUGGACAGUCUACCAACUUCACCCAGGGCUAGCCCGCAGUGCCGGCACUGUUCGACCUGUCGAUCUGGGGCCAUCUCUCCGCCAGUGGUGGUUGGUCCUCGGCUUCGACCUCGGGCGUUGGAUCGUGUCUCCGCCUCCUUCUCAGACGUUGCUCCUGAACCACGUUGGGCUGGUCCUGAAGGCCCCAGGGGGUUUUAUGCUGUAUCUGAAGAUGGCUUGUCCUUAUUAUCUGUUGAAACGGAUCGUAUUGAUCAAAGUGUUGGUUCAUCUGGCUUGGAAUUGUGUCUAA